AUGGCUGUAGAAAGGUUUACACGUAAGCGAGGCUUUACUGUGCUACUGGCAGCAAUACUACUCUUAUCUGUUUUGAUAUUUCUCACCAACUUUGUGCCAAAUCGAUCAUCUCAAUCCAAAUUGUCUAUAAAGGAAGACAGCCAUCACGUACCAUUAUCAGAUACGGCUAUUCAGAAAUCAGAGCAGAAUGAUGUAGCAGGAAAGGAGGAAGAAGAAGAAGGCGAAGAAGAAGAUCGAGUGCAAGUGUCCACAAAGCCUAAAGACAUGAAAGAAUGGAAACCAAAACCAUGGGGUCGUCUUAGUGAUGAAAUCGAGCAAGCCAUCCAAAACAACAUACGUCUUCAUCUUCAUGUCCCGAAUAAGAAGAAAGAGCGUAUUUUACUAACAGCAGUAGCAAAUCAAGGCAUGGCAGAGUAUACUCUUAAUUGGAUUACUUCUCUUAAGAAAUGCGGCCUUGAUGACAAAUUCCUUGUCUUUGCCAUUGACGAAGCACUUGUCAGUACGUUGGCAGAACACGGCUAUAAAGACCAUGUUGUUCUGAUCCCAAAUGAAUGGUUCCAUAAAGAGCUUUCCAGUACUUUCGAAGCCUGGCUAUCCAAUGGUUAUACACCCAUUACUCAUGCCAAAUCAUUAGUAGUAGAACGUUUGCUGUACACCGACGUCACCGUUUGGUUUUCUGAUGUCGAUAUCGUCUUUACUUCUCCUUCCAUUUACGAUUAUUUGGUGAUGAAGUUGACAGCUCGUAAACAGACAGAAGUACUUUUUACACAAGAAACAGAGCAGCGAUUGAUCAACUCUGGCUUUUAUGUCAUGCGACCUACCAUGUCAAAUAAACGAUUAUUAGAUGCAUCCAUUUAUAUUCAAGAUACAGAACAAGACAAGAAACCGGAAGUGACGCAGCAAAGAGCCAUGAAUCGAGUGAUUGAAACGAUGGAUUUAAAUUAUCAAACAAGCAGUAUUGUAUUGUUGGAUUUGAUGCUGUUUCCUCAUGGUAGAGCUUAUUUCGAUCAAAACAUGCCUUCAAAAUACGGAUUGCAACCCAUGAUGGUGCAUGCAAAUUAUCGAAAAGGAGAGAAUAAAAUGAAGGAUUUAAAGAGGUUCGGUCUCUGCUUCAAUGGUAUUUGCCAAACAGUCGCUUUACCACUUUGUCCACUUAUUGGACAAGCCAACGGUAUUGAACCCGUGUGCUAUUCUCGAAAUGUUGAUUUAGCGGGGAAUUUGAUAUUUCAGCCAGCAACUUUGGUGAUUGACGUUGUAGCUAUCAUUAUGGCAGCCAUCAUGAUUUAUCACAUUCGAUCUAAAUAUACAGCUGUCGGUCGUAAAGAAAUCGUCAUGUUUUUCUAUCUGUACAUGAUCACGACGUUCUUGGAAAUGUUACUCGUCACUGGCAUUAUACCAACUUCUUCACCUGUCUAUCCAUGGUUCACAGCCGUACAUAUUGGCUGUAUGUGCGCUACUUUCUGGUGUUUAUUGCUCAAUGGUUUUGUUGGCUUUCAAUUCGCAGAGGAUGGUACACCUUUAUCCCUUUGGUCCAUCCGAAUCAGUUCUUUCGUCAUCUUUUUAUUGACGGGCUUUAUUGCUAUUGCUACCUUCCAACAAAUCGGCCCCUUUUCGUACACUUCGCCAGGUGCUUUAUGGGCCUUUUAUUUCAUUAUCAAUGGCGUCGCUUUCAUUGUCUAUGUCAUUUCUCAAAUCAUCUUGGUCGUCAAUACGCUGGAUGACCGUUGGCCUUUGGGUGAUAUCUUGUUUGGUACAGCUUUUUUUAUCGUUGGCCAAGUUAUUUUAUACAUCUUUUCUGUCGUCAUUUGUGAUCAAGUGAAACAUUAUGUCGAUGGUCUCUUCUUUGGUACCAUCUGUACUUUAUUAGCUGUCAUGAUGGUAUACAAGUAUUGGGAUUCUAUUACAAAGGAGGACUUGGAGUUCUCUGUGGGUUCCAAACAGAACGUAUGGGAAGUCAAAGAAUUAUUAAAGGACGAUGAAUUAUCACAGAGCUAUCCUCAACAACAGCAACAACAACAACAACAACAACAACAGCAACCAAUGUAUGGUCAACAAUAUCAUCAUCAUCAACCACAACCACAACCUCAACAAGCCUAUCCUUAUUAA